UUGAAAUUCUUACUGAAUUUGUGACGGGUGAGUCAUUGUGGUGCAUGCCAACAACUGAGUGUUUUUCUGUGUGUGGCAUGGAUUCUGUGGGGAUGUUCUUUUCAAUGUUCACCUCUCAUGUUAGUGUCCUCAGCAGCCCACAAAUAGAGAAGUCCACACCUGAGGAGAUCCAGAAGCCCUCAGCAGUGUCAGAACCAGAGCUAGUCUUGGGGUGGGAGGUGCUGGAGGCCGAGGGUUCUGUGGCAGAGAAGCCAAAGGAGGCCUCUGGCCUUCUACAGAAUAUUGUUGGUGUCUUCUCCAGAGGUUAUGAAACAGUAGCAGCCAUUUUGGGUCCGUCUGGUUCACCUCCAACAGAAGAUGUCGACAGUAGCGUUGUGGACCCAGAGGACAGUGCAGUCCCAUCAGAGAGCUCCUCUGAUCCUGUCCCAGAUAUAUCUAUCCUUGUUCAGGAAGCAGUGUCUGGAGAGGCACCGCAUGUUGAGGGUGAAACCAAACCAACUGUGGAGCUCCCAACCACCGCUGAGCCAUCCUUGUUGACUGUGGAAGACAAGCAAUCCAACUCUCCAUCGGCAGUGAGACAAGACAGUGAGGAUGGGUUCGUUGGAGUCGAAGGCCCAAGCAGUAUGAGAAAAUGGCCGCCGUUGACGGAGGCUGACCUUACUGAGAUCUCCAGAGGAGAGUUUGUGGUAACUGGGGAAGAGGAGGUUACCCUUGACUCAUGGGCGCAAAUAGGGGAGAAGUCAACAUUCAAAGUGCAGGAUUCUGGACAGAUAACAGGUUAUGUUGAAGUUUUUUCAGCAGGGUCACCUAUCGAGACAGAAUUAUCACCUUCAUUACACCUGGACAAGGGGUGAGUGUCAUGGCAGCAAACCCGUC